UACAAUUGUUGAACUUGCAGGUUUAGUACAAUGGCACAGGAAGGUCUGGAAGAGGCACUGAAUUAUUUUGUGUUCAAGCAUAAGGGCAUUUAUUUUCAAACUGACGUCACAACACCUGAAGUCAUAGAUUCUCUGGAACACAUGGAAAUAAGAGACAGUGAUGUGUUUCUAGUCACAUAUCCAAAGUCAGGUACAAUAUGGUCACAGCAAGUCCUAAACCUGAUAUUUCAUGAGGGACAUAGGAAGGGAUUAGAAGAUAUUAACAACAUGGCCAGAGCUCCAUGGAUUGAAUAUAACCUAUACAACAUAAACUUUGACAGCCGACAAUCUCCUCGCCUGUUCACAUCACACCUGCCUUACUAUCUUAUGCCAAAGGAUCUCAGGUUCAAGAGAGGAAAAAUUAUCUACGUGUGCAGAAACCCGAAAGAUGCCAUGGUGUCAUUUUAUCACUUCUAUAAAUUAUUUUCCAGAUUACAUGUCACAUUAGAUUUGGAAACCUUCUUGGACCUAUUUCUAUCUGGCAGAGUGAUAUGUGGGUCGUGGUUCGAUCAUUUUAGAGGCUGGUACACCCACAAAGAGGACUACAAUAUUCUAUUUCUGACUUAUGAAGAGAUGAAAAAAGAUCUUAGAUCAGCUGUGAUGAAAAUAUGCAACUUUGUGGAUAUCAAACUUGAUGACCAAGCAGUAGAUACAAUUGUGGAGAAAUCAUCAUUUAGCACCAUGAGGCAAGAUCCACUGGCUAAUUAUGAAUUUAUUCCAAAGGAUCUUUUGGACUUUAAAAAAGGAGAUUUUCUUCGCAAAGGUACUGUUGGUGACUGGAAAAACACAAUGACAGUUACCCAAAGUGAGAUGUUUGACAGAGUUUAUAAGGAAAAGAUGAAGGAUCUACCCAUUAAGUUUCUCUGGGACAUUAAUGAUGAAGAAGCAGGCAUGUUAAAAUGAUGCUGAGAUUUUAAAGUGACUCUGGUGGUAAAUUG